AUGGCCGAUCAAUUGCGGUUCGACGACCAGGUCGUCGUUGUCACUGGUGCUGGCGGUGGUCUUGGCAAGGCUUACUGCCUGUUCUUUGCCUCGCGCGGUGCGAGCGUCGUGGUCAAUGAUCUCGGUGGCUCUUUCAAGGGCGAGGGCACCUCUCACAAGGCUGCAGAUGUUGUCGUAAACGAGAUCAAGGCUGCUGGCGGCAAGGCUGUUGCCAACUACGACUCGGUCGAGAAUGGCGACAAGAUCAUCGAGACGGCCAUCAAGGCGUUCGGCCGCAUCGAUGUCCUUAUUAACAACGCCGGUAUCCUCCGGGAUAUCAGCUUCAAGAACAUGAAGGAUCAGGACUGGGACCUCAUUUUCAAGGUCCACGUCAAGGGUGCCUACAAGUGCGCGAGGGCAGCGUGGCCUUACUUCAGGAAACAAAAGUACGGCCGUGUCAUCAACACUGCCUCCGCUGCUGGUCUUUUCGGCAACUUUGGCCAGACCAACUAUUCUG